CAGUUCAAUACCAGCUGGAGCGAGCUGCCUCCGACGGCUCAAUAGACCCGUACUAGUCCCAACCUUCCUGAUGACGAGGGUGUAAUAUCUGACUCGGCACUACAGGGAGAAAUGGACCGUCAUUCUUCAAGAAGUCCUCUCACGACUUGAGCAUAUCGUCUACAACGAAUUCCCAACGCCUGCUCACAUACCAGUCGAAAUCCGACCAGCAGCUACCACAGACGCCAACGACGAAUCAUCGUCACCGCAGGAUUCGUUCCAGAAUUCCCAAGCCGCCGACAAAGAGAAUGCCCCUCCCCCCCGACCUCGCGCAUCGAUGGCCGCUCCCGACCUCUCCAGCCAGGCUACCACCGACCUCACGAUCCUCCCUUCCGAACUCCACAACCUCUACUUCUCCAUCCGCCGAACCCUAACCACGGCAUUCUGGAAAUACCCCCCUCACACCAUCCAACGACUCGCGGAGCUGCUCCUCAAGCCGCGUGCGCACUACCGAUACCUCCCUUCUUACCUGCGAGCGCUCGAGCGCGUGGUCUGCGUGUCGAGCAACACCACGGUCUUCCCGCUGCCACAAGCCAGCCUCCCCAACUCCAGCGGCACACUCCUAAACGGCACGACGAAUUCGACGAGUUCCGCCGCGGCCUUGGGGAGCGACGAAAGCCUUGGCGGCGCGCUCCUGACCCCGAUUCCGUGGCUGAAUGCCGACGAAAGCCCCAGCGGCUCGUCAUCGCACUCGGGGUCGCAGAACACCGAACUGAAGUCCGAGAGCACGGAGAUCGUGGACGGGCCGAACGGGGCCGGGAGGAUCGAGACAGUCUCAGUGGUGAAUGGGGUGUUGACGACCGGCAAUGGAGGGCAGACGAAUGGGGGAACAGGGACAGGCACGGAACACGAGCUGCGUGCGGCGGGUGGAGUGACGCAGGGAGAGCUGCUGAGACAAGAGCAGGAGGCGGGCGUGGUCCCGUCGAACGCCGCGUAUGUGCGUGCGGGGGGCGCAAUCGUUGCGGAAGCGGAGGAGAAUAGGGAGAGAGACUCGGCGUCCCCGGAAGAGCAGCCGCAUGCGCGCGGCCCGGAGGAGGUGGGGAUGCAGGAUACGGGGCCGCAGGAUGGUAGGGAGGGGCUGGAUAUUGAGGCUGCGGUGGGUAGACGGACUAGACCCGCGCAAGAAGGGCAGGGGGAGCAGGGAGAGACACAGGCGAAGGAGGGAGGUGAGGCGAGUGGGGAUACAGCUGCGGAUGCGGACGCUGCGCUGGCGAGUGAUGAGAGCAUGAAAGAUGUUAGUGACUACCGCUAAUCUACAUGUACAAUGUCCUAUUGUUAAAGUACAUGUAGCACCUUAACCUCCAUCUGAAUUAUGUGCAUGCAGGUGUAAAUGUUGUCG